UAUACCUAGCUUUCCAUUAAAUCUAUUCUUCAAAAAUAUUUACCGGCUAUUUUAGUUAGUUGUAACUUGUAACUGAAUGGAAUUGAUUCGUUUCUAACAAAAGUGAAUAAGAAACUACUUACUUCGAUUGGACAGUGCUAGUGAAUGACGCAGUUUUGCGUAGUUCACGAUUAGUGACAGGCAUCUGUAACAAUUUUAUGAACUCUAUUUUCUACAUAAAUGAAAGUUACGACGAUUGAACGCCAAUAAGAUAGGAUGCAGAAAUCACAGAUUGAUAAUUUCAUGUGGUCAUUUCAUAUAAAUGGAAAUGCUAAUUCUCGUAAUCCAUGGCCAGAACUUUGUCAAAAGAAUGAAGUUAAACAUUCGUCUCGAAAAAAAGAUUUCAUAAAUAUUACUGAUGAUAAUAGAGCAGCAAGUUUAGAUCAUUCUGAGUAUCCAGAACUUGGUAGUGCACUUGUCAAGAGUAAAAAUUUUGUUGUACCAAGAGAUCAUUGUUUGUCAAGACCCAACAGUGUGCAGAUUGUAUUACCCAUGCAGACAAGUAUGGAAUCAAAGAAGUCAAAAUCCUUAAAAAGGUAUAAGAAAUCAGAUAAAAUUUGUAUUAACCUUCAGGAAGCUUUACAGAAUACUAUACAUGCAAGUAAAAUUGGCAAAGAGGUUCCUAAACUAAGAAUUAAUUUAUACAUGGGUAAUUUUGGGUUUACGAUGCCAAACACAUUGGGCAAAAACAAAUGUUCAGAUCUAAGGAGAGUGAGAAUAUGUAUUUCUAAAAACAAGAAGCCCUCGAAACUAAAGAAAUUAAUUUUAUUAAACCGUAAUAUUAAAGCACAAAUUAACGUUGACAAAAGAGAAGCUUUCGAACGUAAAAAAAUGGAAGCUAUCUAUAGAGAUGUUGAUGCUAUGAAUUUUAAUGCUUUAAAGAUUACAGCCGAUCCAGAAACAAAUAUAGACUAUGUUAGAAAUAUGUGGACAAUGACGCUGUAUGAUAAAGAUCACAGAAAUGUAAAUGAAAUAAAUAUUUCAGAUAAUACACUAUCUCACAGACCAGAUGUAAUUGGGAAAAUAAGUAAUCUUGGAAUUCAAGGAAGACGGUUGACAAACAGAUUGGUUGGAAGAAAUAGCAGAACAAAUUUUUCUGAUCUUGUCAGUGACAUAAUAGAGAACGAUAUUGUCAAACAGACACUCUCCCUUCAUAUUGAAGAAGAUCCUAAGGAAGAAGGUCAAAAUAGCACAGACGUAGAUGAUAAAAGCCUUAUAAAAUUUUCUCGUAACUUUAGAGAAUACUGCACUAAUAUGUUAACAGUGGCUUUGAAUGACAACCUUGAAAAAUUCAUACAAGAAAUCACGAGACUUCAAAAAAGAUUUCACGAGAAAAAACCAAACAAAUCUAAGUACAAGCGUCGUUACUAUUCCGGUUUGAAAGAAGUUCGUAAACACGUCGAAUUGAAAAAGCUCAAAUUCGUAAUUAUCGCUCCUGAUAUAGAAAAGGUCGAACUCGAAGACGGAUUAGACGAUCAAAUCGAUAAAUUGCUCAAUACGUGUAAAAAAGAACAUGUAGUUUACUGUUUCGGAUUACGGAGGAGGAAGUUAGGAUAUUAUACUCACGGAAAAGGGUUUGUAGGAUGCGUUGGCAUUGCAAAUUAUAGUGGAAUUGAGUUACUUUUCAAAAACGUUUUAACGGAACUUGUAGACGCGAGAAACGCGUUCAAAAAACUAAAUGGCGACACCGAAUCGAUUAUCGAUAUAUCAAAGGUGAUCUCGGAAGAUUAUUUACUUUCAGAAAAUAUUAAUGCCCUUUUGAAAAUUUUGUCCUAUAAUAUGCAUAGUUGAUAAAAUAUUCAUAAAAGUAUGAUAUAUCUGUAUCUAUUUAAUUACGUAUAUAGAAAAUAUUGAUUGGAAUGUGAUUUAUGAUAUCGAUACAUAUCGACGUUUGUUAUAAUAAUAGAUGUAAUAUUUUUUAUAAUUUGAAUUUAUAUUAUUAAAUGCAUUAUUAUAUAACAGA